CCCAGUCCCCACCACAUCUGAUUUCAAUCUGCGAAUCUCUCUUAAACCCUACAAACCUCUCUCCCUCCCCGUCCGGUAGCAUUUUCCCCGAUCAAAUCAAACAAUGACGCUCCACGCCGCAGUAAUCCAGAAGCUUCUCAACACCGGCUCGCAUCUCGGCCGUCGCGCCGCCGAGCACCAUUUCAAACAGUACGCCUACGGAACCCGCAACGGGAUGACCAUAAUCGACUCGGACAAAACCCUGAUCUGCCUCCGCAGCGCCGCCAGCUUCGUGGCGAACCUCGCGCACAUGAGAGGGAACAUCUUCUUCGUCAACACCAACCCUCUCUUCGACGAGAUCGUCGAGCUCACUUCACGUCGCAUCCAGGGCGACGCUUACAACCACAACCGCUCGAUGAACCUGUGGAAGAUGGGAGGUUUUUUGACCAACAGUUACAGUCCUAAGAAGUUUCGGUCGAGGCACAAGAAGCUUUGCUUUGGUCCGACCACGAUGCCUGAUUGUGUCGUUGUGUUUGAUACGGAGAGGAAGAGCUCGGUGAUACUCGAGGCCGCCAAGCUUCAGAUUCCGGUUGUUGCGAUUGUGGAUCCGAAUGUGCCGUUGGAGUUCUUUGAGAAGAUCACGUAUCCUGUCCCCGCUCGUGAUUCGGUUAAGUUCGUUUAUUUGUUCUGUAAUGUGAUCACCAAGUGCUUUGUUGCGGAACAGAUGAAGAUGGGGAUCAAGGAUGGAAGCAGCAAGGAAGAUAUGAUCAAAGAUUUAGCUGCAUGAUUUGGAUUUUCGAAUCAUUGUUUCUUCAGCCUUGUGGUUUUCUUUACUCAUUUGGAUGAUUUUGCUAGUAUGAUUGUUAUAAAGCAACAGUUUUUUUUUUUUAAAUGAAGAUACAGCAAAGCCAAUCAA